AUGUUGCCUGUUGCCUCGGCGCACCGUCUCCGACCGAGCGUCAUACCGGUCCCUAGCUCCCGGGGCUGCCAAGCAUCAACUGAUUUCCGUUGCGCCAGCAUUCACCACCAGCCUCUAAUACUGCACGGCGUCUUGACAAGCCCAGCUGCUUUUGAACCUCCAGCCCUAGAGCUGCCUCCACUUCUCCCGCCUCUCCGCGAAUCAAUCACACACACCACCAUGGCCUGGCUACCGUGGAGCUCCGGCUCCUCAGACGAAGGCGGCGUGAAGAAGACAGCUGGCGGCGCAUUUGAGAGCCCAUCGCGGACCAACCGAAAGAAGUGCUACGAAGCGCGAGACACCUUCUUCGAAUGCCUCGACAAGAACAACAUCCUCGACAGCAUAAACACAAAGUCCGGGAGAGAAAAGGCAGAGACCUUUUGCUCGCAGUUCGACAAGGAGUUUGAGAAGAACUGCGCACACAGCUGGGUCGAAUACUUCAAGAAACAACGCGUUGUCAACUACCAAAAGGAACAGACAAUCAAGAGACUAGAGUCGCAGGGCGGUGAGAUCACAGCGCCCCAACUUCCUCUGCCAGGCCAGAAGUAG